CGAUUCGAAUCGAAUAGGCAAAUCAUGGCCCUCGAUUCGCAAGCUAGCGAAAUUUCUUCGAUUAUUAAUCGGUUGCCAAUUAGUAAAUGUAUCAUCUUUAACCAUUUCUCAAACGUAAACAAGAAAUAAAAUAUUCAUAUCAGUUAUUAUAAAAUGAAUAUUUCAGUAUUUUUUUAUUCGAGCUCAUCUUAUUCUGAUAAUGAAGUCAGACAAGUGCAGAUACGGAGAGGAUUACGUGGCAAAAGCAAUCCCUUAAGUUUACCAGCAGCAGCAUUCAAAAAACGUUUCCGACUGUCAAAACCUGCGUUCGAGUACGUGCUUUCGGAGCUUGAGUUUGAGGGGCAUAUGUCCACAUCAGUACCCUCCGUCUUGCAAUUAGCUGCUACGUUAUCGCUUUUGCAGCAGCAGCUCCUCGGACGCCGUCAAAAGCUUUUCUUGGUAAGGCCCACUUCCGGUCUUUUGCUUAGAAGCUUUAUUAAAAGACAGCUUCUUUUUAAAGUGCUGCUUAUGGUCUGCAAAUACCUACAAUUUUAAGCCAAAUAAUACACUAACUUCUGAUUAUAUAAAUUCAAAACAACCUACUUUACGCCACAUUUUAAGUUCUUUUGUAGGCGGACCAACAGAAUUUAAUUUUAAGGAAAGUUGCUCCCACAAUCUUUGAGCAACGGUUCUUCCUUGAGCGCAAUUUGGCAGAAUAUUUCUGGCCAAAUCCGGGUGCUCCUGCAUAUAUUCCGCCAUAAUACUUUUUUGUUUUUUGUUGAUUUUGUUUAUGUUU